AUGGGUGUACAGCUGGAUCAACCCUUGUUCGAUUUACCCGAAGUGUUCGAUAAUCGUAGUGGUUGGGGACCUGUUGGAACGUUGGAUAAAUUUCAGAAUUUACCCUACCAACAAUUCAAUAAAGCCGAUAAAAUUGGCAAAGUAGCGGAUUGGAUCGGUGUCACGCAAUAUAAUGAUCGAUUCAGACGAGAUGGUCGAUACGGUAAUCCAUAUACAUCUGGUGCUGUUGGUUCGCAGUAUGAUUAUGUUCACGACGAGGAAGAUGCGACAUUUCAACUUGUUGAUACAAGUAAACCCCAACGAUCGAACAUGCAGAAGAGUGGUCGUAUGCGACAACAGCAACAGUUCUAUCGAAGAUUGGUUCAAAAAGAAAAUGAACGAAGAAAUCAAGCAAAUUAUGGGCAAAAUCAAAAGAUUAAGCGUAGCAUUGCAAAAGAGCAGCAGAAAGCAUUCAAGCAAUGGCAACGACGUGGAGGUGGCACACGUGGUCGUGGUCGUGGUGGACAAGGUUAUAGUCGGUGGGACCAACGUAAUCAAAAGCAAUUAGCUGCAAGUAUUGCUGUACGUCCUGAAUGGCAAGUUUUGGAAGAAAUGGAUUUCCCACGUCUUGCAAAACUUAAUCUACCAAAUAUUGAUUCAGGCCAAGAUAUAAAUGGCCAUCGUUAUGGUCAGCUUUAUUAUUACGAUAAAGCAUUUGAUCGUGUUACGGUGCGAACGGAGAAACCGUUACAGCGUUGUGGUGGUACAUUUUAUAAUUUAACAACAACCGAAGACCCUAUAAUUCAGAAGUUAGCUCAUGAAAAUGCUGGGAAUGUUUUCGCAACAGAUAUGAUAUUGGCAACGCUGAUGGCGGCUACGCGAUCAGUGUAUAGUUGGGAUGUUAUCGCGUAUCGUGUUGGUGAUAAGUUGUUCUUUGAUAAGCGCGAUACGGGUGGUUUUUCGAAUCCAGUUGAUGCUUUAACCGUGAGCGAAACCUCACCAGAUGCUCCAAAUAGUGACGAUACCACAAGUAUUAAUCAUCCACGUAAUCUUGCUACGGAAGCUCUCUACAUAAAUCAAAAUUUUCGUCGUAUGGUACUCAAAAGAAACGAGGAACCGUUCAAAUAUGAUAAUCCACGUCUUCCAUUCGAUGAAGGUGAUACGGAUGCUGAUUCAUGCGUUGCAUACAAAUAUCGUUCGUGGUAUUUGGGACGUCAAGCAGAUGGUACGGAUGUUCGUCUAAUUUGUCGUACGGAACAUGAUGGCGUUACUACAGGACCAAACGGCGAAACACAAAUGUUGACUAUAAAAGCAUUCAAUGAAUGGGAUUCAAGGAUGGCCAGUGGUGUUGACUGGAGAAGUAAGUUGGACACGCAAAAAGGUGCAGUACUUGCUACAGAACUGCAAAAUAAUAGUUGCAAAUUAGCCAAAUGGACAUUACAAGCACUUUUGGCUGGUUCAGACCAAAUUAAAUUUGGAUACGUUUCACGUCUAAGCAUACGCAACAGUGCUAGUCAUGUCAUUCUGGGUACUCAACAAUAUAAACCAACUGAAUUUGCGACAAAUAUUACAUUGAAUUUGGAUAACGCUUGGGGCAUUUUGCGCUGUAUCAUUGAUCACUGCAUGAAACAGCCACCGGGAAAAUAUCUUUUGCUAAAAGAUCCAAACAAGCAAGCAGUACGACUUUAUUCAUUGCCUGAAGGAACGUUCGAAUCCAGUACUGAAGAAGAAAGCAGUAGUUCGGGUGAUGACAAUUCAGAUGAUGAUGUUUAG